AUGCCGGGGAAACUGGCGUUUUCCCUCCCGUCUGGCCGUGAAGUCCUGUCCUCUUGCCCUCCCUUUAACUCCCUCUCUGCCCUCCCUCAGUCUCUCCAACACCUUCUCUUCAUUCGUUUCUCUGCUUCCUUCUGCUUCCUUGGCAUCUUCCUGGCUUUGCUCUUCUCUGUAAUCCAUCUGGAGUCCAUCAUCAUCACUCCAGUUUCUCACCAGGGCCGUCUUCUCUCUCCGCCUGUUGUCCUCUGGUCGCACGGCCCCACACCACCCGGGCCUGGCUCAUCCCGACAGCCCCAGCCCCCAGCGGUGCCGCUGGAGGGGAGUCCCAUCCUGUGUCCAGAGUCCGCGGGCACUCGCACCCUGCUUCCUCUCCUCUCAGGGCUGUUCUCCCCCAUGACUGCUGCUUCCCGAUCCUCGUCCUUCCCUUGUCACCUGGAAGGUGGCCCCCCCCCAGUUUCCCUCACAGACGGAUGCAGGCCUAAGGUCUGCCGCUGCCUCCACACUCACCAGCUCUCCGUACCUUACUUGGAGGAAAGGUGGAUCCCCAUCUGUCAUAGGCUGAAUCUUCCACUGACCAACAUUACUUUCUUCCAGCCUUCUAAUGUGUUAUAUAAUUUAUUAUCUAUCUCCCUCCACCCUCGAGAACAAGGGCAGGGAUUUCACAUCCACUUGGUUGGCUGCAGAUGCGACAAGGACAGGAGGUCCUCAUGGGGUCUACCCCCAGAGUGUUCUGUGAAUAUUACUCCCUUCUGCAAGCUGGUAUCACCAACGCAGCCAGGGAGCCAGGCCCUGAACCGUCCCAACUGGCCCCAUCCUGCUCCGUGCCCCAGAGGAGUCCCACAGUGCUUUCUGAGCUGCAGUGGGGGAAACACCCUGCAGUGGGGGAAACCGUGGCUGUUGCUUUUUAACCACUGGUAAGUAUCCAUGCCUACC